AUGGCUGAAUCUGCUACGGCUGGCUGCCGUAUGUGUGGCUUCAUUCGAGACGGGCUUCUCCAGCGGAACAUAGGGUACAAAGGCGAAAUCUUUGUUAACGGGGGAUAUCUAUGGGGCGGACAAGGAGAUGCAAAUGACGUCUCUGUCACAGAUCCUGGCUUGGCUUGCUGGAGAUGCGAGGCAUACAAGGUCGAGGGAGGGACACGGUCGACCCAGCUUGCAGUUCUGAACUUUGACAUUGAGACCAGCAACAAUGACCUGCUUCAAUGGCUGAGGGUGGACACGAAGUGCGCCCCAGAGCCUUUGGACCCGGACACUGUGCAAUGGCUCAAGUCAGAGCUUCGGAGCUGCGAUGACGAAUGCGACCACGUCAAACCAGCAUCGCAAUUCUUACCAACCAGGCUUAUUGACGUCGGUCAGAGGGAGAUGGAUGUCCCACGACUCAUCCUCACUAAAGACGCUUUCAACUUGCGAACAAUCGAUGAUCUGGAAGGUCUCGACGUCGACUUCGAGUCAUCGCGCCGCAAGCACAUCAGGGGUUCCUACAGGCUCAUUCUGUCUUCUACGGAUCUUGACGAGCAUGCAAUGGGGGCCCCUCGUCCCGGCCCAUCACUAUAUGUGGAUCUUAAACGCUCUUCGUGGGAUCAUAGGGGCUGGACCUUCCAAGAGCUGGUUCUUUCACCGCGCAUGAUCGUGUUUGGGCCUUCUAUGUGCCAUUUUGUCUGUGGAACCAAGACAAUCUCCGAGAACGGGCACAUUGCCACAGAUGCAAUGCAUGGUCCAUUGAGAUCUGUGAUGAAUAAGGCUCUCGGAAAGUGUGUUGCCGAGACAAACCUCUCAGCGGAGAGCGUGCGAGAAGCAUACUGGCAAUGGACCUCAGUGAAUGAAGCCCAGAGUAGGAUCUGGACAUAUAGAGAGGACAUUUUUCCAGGGCUUUCCGGUCUUGCUCAGGGAUUUGCGACGAUUACAGGAGACACAUAUCUUGCAGGUUUGUGGAAAAAUGAUCUCCACCACCAGCUGGUUUGGGAGAUCUCACGGCCGAUAGCUGGCGACCUAGCCUCACUUGUACACAGCUUGCAGCAUGCAGAUCCAUACAUCGCUCCUUCAUGGAGCUGGGCAUCGAGAACAGCACGCUACGAGAAUCUGCCCGACAGGCAAUUCUCAACGUCUGUCGCUGCUCAAGAGGCGACAUCUGCCGCUGAUGAAAAAGACAAGACGUUCUUCGAAGUUGUCACGCAGCCCAGCCACGUCCGCCCCGAGUUUGCCCUGAUAGACUACCGCAUAGACCUUCAAGGCAGCAACACCUUCGGACCUCUUAGCGGGGCCUUUCUUCGACUGAGGGGCAAAAUAUGCCGGUUUCCUUCGGAUGUCAAAAGGGAAGCUUUGGGGCCCAGCGGUGACUGUCGGCCGUCUUACGGGAAGUUCUCAUGCGGCAUUGGGACCUGCAUGCUGGACUGGGGCGUCAGCGAGACGUCAGUGCAGGGACCAGAGAGCAUGCAACUAUUUUUGAUAUCCAGCUGUUGCUCGCCAACGUCGCAGUGGGGCAAAAUGAAGUGGCUUGCGGACUGUGAUGAUGUGGACUACGACACCUGGGUACCGAGUGACGCGGAGUUAGGCGACACCUCGUUUGCCAGCAGCUAUGAGAGCAUCGACACGUGCAAGUACUGCGCGGAUCCAAUGCACAGACGGCCUGGCUGGGGUCUUGUUAUUCAUCCCAUGGAGGAGCUCGGAAACUACGUGCGAGUUGGAGCUUUUGUCCUCUUUGCACAUAAAGGGGGGAUGGAUCUCUUCAAAACCGAGCCAGAGGAGAUAAUACUCGUGUAG